AUGGGUCUUUCAGUCGAGGCUGUCAGCAAACUGAAGAGCGCCUUUGACGGCGCGUGUGCCGACAAAGACAAAGGCAUCCCUGGCGUGGUCGGCGUCGCCGUCGGACGUGACGGCAAGGAGCUGUUUGCCCACGCCUCGGGCAAGCGAGGAUUCGGAUCCGACGAGCCUAUGUCGUUGGAUACCAUCUUCUGGAUUGCAUCGUGUACCAAGCUUAUCACCGGCAUCGCCUGCAUGCAGCUUGUCGAGCAAGGAAAGCUCUCUCUUGACGACGCGGACCAGACUGAAGGUUUGUGCCCAGAACUAAAGGACCUGAAAGUCCUACAGCCUGACGGGAAGCUUGUCGAGAAGAAACGAGGGAUCACGCUUCGGAUGUUGCUUUCGCACACGGCUGGAUUUGGCUACACUUUCUUUCACACUGGGCUUCGUGAUUACAGCAAGCCGAUCGGCUACGAUGAAUUCUCUGGGCAUAUGAAGGAUAUGAUCCAGCCCUUGGUGCACCAGCCCGGUGAGGCUUGGCAAUACGGACUGGGCAUCGAUUUCGCUGGCUUCUGCGUGGAACGAGCGACGGGCUUGUCUCUCAACGAGUACUUUCAGAAGUACAUCUUCCAGCCGUUGGGCCUUGGCAACAUAUCGAUGUUCCCCAGCAAGUCCAUGAAGGAACGGCUUGCCUAUAUGAACACACGUGCACCCGAUGGCCAACUUGGUCCACGGGAUCACUUGCUGCAUCGUCCGCUGGUGGUGGAGAGCAAGGAGAUCAGCUCGUGUGUGAACAGCGGAGGGGCGGGAUGCUUCGCAAGUCCUCGUGAAUACUGCCAGAUCCUGGCCACGCUGCUCAACGACGGCACGUCGCCGCUGACGGGAGCUCAGAUACUGAAGAAGGCCACCGUUGACGCCAUGACCCAGAACCAGAUCACCGAGUUCCCAAAUUUCGGCAGGCAGGGGAUUCCCGCCUCCAAGCCGGAUCUCACAAACGAGAUACCAGAUCUGUACCCGGGCAAAAAGCAGGGCUGGGGCUUGACCUUCAUGAUCACGGAUGGUCCAACCGGGCGAUCGGAGAAUGCGAUAAAUUGGGCCGGUUUGCCGAAUUUGUACUGGUGGUGCGACCGCGAGAAAGGAGUCGCUGGAAUGAUUGCUUCUCAAAUACUUCCCUUCGCUGAUCCCCAAGUUCUCGGACUGUGGGUAAAUUUCGAGUCCGGAAUCUACAGCGGCCUCGUCUAGAAAGUAAACGUUGAGCGAUAGAAAAAGAACUGUUGAAAAAAA